AUGACCGACCUAUCAAGCGCAGCGUCCAUCAUGGCACUUCACUUCGCAGCCAUGCAAAUUCGACAGCUGGACUUGCUCGACGAGGGCAACUUCGACGCCGCCAUGGCCACGAUCGACUGCCUCCUCCUCGUCAAGGGCUUCGGCAAAUACACCUCCGAUCAGCUCGACGUAUCACCCGAACGAUUCGACUUUGAUAUCUACGCAGACGUGGUCAUCGAGAUAGUGCGCUCCAGAGUCAGGCCACACAUUCUCGCUCGCCUUCCUCUCAACUACGACGACUCCGGCGGAUACCCAACAUACCCUCAAUUCUUCAAGAAGCUCAAGGGCCUGGCACAGCCUUUCCGCCUGAUGGAUCUGCCAGCUGAGAUCCGCGAUCUGAUCUAUCAAGAGCACUUCGCCGACCUUCCCACACAGACCAUCCUUCCGCAGGCUGAGCGCUCCUCCAUCCCGCCUAUCAUGCAAACCUCCAGCGUUCUGCGCAGCGAGAGCUUCGCUUGGUACUACACUUGCUGCCAGUUCAAGGCAAUCGACGUGCUUCUACCAGGCUCUCGACAAGACUUCGGCUCCGACAACUUCAACAUGCAGAAUCCUAGACGUAUGCACUACGAUCCGAAGUACAUGCAGGGCCAGCUGUUCUACUGGCUCGACGUUGUGGGAAAGGAGAAUCACAAGUACUUGACUCAUCUCACUUUCGGCUUUUGUCGUGAAGGAGAUGAUGCACGCGUGCCGCCUCGUGCUUACGUCUUGCGCAUCAACGGCAAGUCUGAGCUGGAUGUGAGCACGGCUCUCAGCGCAGAUGGUGGAGGAAAGUGGAGGCCAGAUCCGAGACUUCGGGAGAUGAUCAUGAAGCAUGCUCGGGAGAGUGGCAAUGGAGGAGAGAUGAUCGUGACGGCUUCGAGCGGCUUGCCUUUCGCUUGA